CAAACCCAACUGGUCUCUGUUUUAAAUGUUUUCGAUGUGGGACUUUAAAACACCAAACGACACAACUCCAUCCGUUUUGUUUUGUAUAGAUAAACGGCUCGCUCUCCCAUUCAGCUAUGCGUCUACGGUUUGAUUGACAUGAUUAUAUCUCUUCCAUCAACGAACUCAAGAUUUUAUCUGGAAUUGCUCGAUCGGAGCUCCAUCGAGAGGCUUUACUUUCAUGGGAAAGCAUCACAUCGAAGUAGCGUAACCUCCCCUGCGGACUCCUCUCCUUCAGAAAUCAAACCAUUCUCAGCAAGUUAAUCGUCAAGAGGACGUAACGGGCGAUGAAGGAACUGAUCUCGAUCGAAAUCUUCGGAGGCUGGAAACCUUCUCGACAUUUCUCGGCUUCAAUCAAUAUUCUCUGAGCUUCAUUUUAUCUUGGACUGUUGUCGUGCUGGUAGGAGUGGCACUGCCGAUUGUGAUACUGGAGUUCCCGAAUUGUGACGGUUGCGACUACCAUCACAUAAAGGAUUUCGAGCUUGAUAUCGUGGCAUCAGGAAGUUUCUCUUUGUUGAUCGUAGAUUCGUAGUAGCGGUCACAUGGACUGAUUACGGCUGCCUCUAUUUUUUCCAGAUUUCGCUUAGAUUCACCAUGUCCUGAUUACUGAUUAAAGAAGAGGAGAAGUCAUCAUUUUCGAUCAUGAGAAUCUGGAAGACUCAAUGUGAGUCUGUAAUGCAGUAAUGCCUCUUUUCAUUUCAUUUCAAUUCAGGAAUUUUGAAGUUAAUCACAUGGCUGGCAUAUGCUCAACAAUUCUGGGUUAUGUGAUAUUGAUGAAGAUCAAGGAUUAUAGCGCCCAAAGCCCAAAGGGAAGUAGCUUUUUUCAUUCCGAUUAUCUUGCAUCUUUUGAGUUGUCAUUCUUUCUUUUGCAAUAUUUGAAAUACCGUUUGUUAUCGAAAAAAGAAAAAAAAAAUCAUUUAAGAGUUAGUCCAGGAAAUAUACCAGAUAGCUUGAUCUAUGACCAUCUAUUUUAGAGAUUCCAUAUUAGAUGGUAGUAAGAUAAUUUUUCUACAUAAUUUCUUGCCACAGGAAUCCAUGCGCUUGCUUAUAUGGUGGUCAGUACCAUGUUUCAUUCGAAAGGGUUUCGUGUGAAGUUAUCCGUGGUUUAUACCCAGCACCUUAUUUCACUUUGUCUGCAACCUGCAAGUUAUUCACUUCGAUGACUGUGCAAAGCUCCUGGAAAGGGAAUCUGAUGAUUUAGUGCUUACGGAGGAACAUGUCCACCUAAGAUAUCAUCUCUCUAAGAUAAGCCGUAGAUUCCGAAUUUAUCUUCUAGAGUUCUUGGUUGUCACAGCUAGCCAAUUCAUGACUAUUCCUGACCACUGCGUACAGUGGAACAAUUACUGCCAUAAAUGGUGGUAUUUUGCGGUCUCCUCCGUCGUUCAGGUCAUUGGGAUAAUUAUUUCCAUACAUACUGCAACAAAAAUAUCCCAUAGAGCACAAAACAUUACUUCUCUAGCAAGUAGAUGGCAUGCAUUAGCAGCAUGCUGUCCUGCUGAUGCAUCUCAACUGAGAACUUCAAACAAUUCACGUUUGGCUUCUUACAUGUCCUCAUAUCACAAGAGGCAUGCCUUUGCUAGAAGAAAACAAGAAUACGAAGGAAACUUUUUCUUUUUCUUUUUCCUGUGCACUACGGGCGACCUCGAACUUCUAGGUGAUUCUUUUUGGCCAGGAUCGCCACCCAAAUGGUGCAUAGGAGCGUUGGAACUUGCAAGGCGCCAACUGUUGCAACUCACAGUGGACCGAUUGUGCGCUUAUGGAAAUGCUACAAGAUACAAACGCUGUUUUACUUACUAGCAAGCCUGCAUGGCUAUAUUGCCCACUAAAUAACGAGGGUCAUCCACCCCCCACCCCACCAAUAUCGAAAUGCAUGAUGUUUCACUAUGCUACAGAAUAUUCAAAUAAUAAAAUAUUUGUAUAUUUAGGCUCA